AUGGUGAAAUUAGAAGCCACCAAAGAGCACGACGAUGGCCGCGACGUGACCGUCACGGUGGCGCCGGCGCUUCCGGUGCAGGAACACCGCCUGCCGCUGUCCAACCUGGACCUCCUCCUGCCGCCGCUGGACGUCAGCAUCUUCUUCUGCUACCUCCACCCGGCGCCCACCGCGGCCGGUCUCAAGGAGGCACUGGCCAAGACGCUGGUGGCGUACUACCCGUUGGCCGGGGAGGUGGUGGCCAACGGCGACGGAGAGCCGGAGCUGCUCUACAGCGGCCGCGGCGUGGACUUCACGGAGACGACCGCGGCCAGCGUCGAGCUGCGGGAGGUCCGGCUGGGCGCCGUGGACGAGGGCGUUGAGAAGCUGGUGCCUGCCAAGAAGGCUGGCGUGAUGGCGGUCAAGCUGACCAAGUUCAGGUGCGGCGGCGCCGUCGUCGGGUGCACCUUCGACCACCGCGUCUGCGACGCCUACUCCUUCAACAUGUUCCUCGUCGCGUGGGCCGUGGCCGCCCGUGGCGGCUCAGCGCCUCCGGCCCCGUCCUUCCACCGCUCGUUCCUUGCGCCGCGCGAACCAGCACCACUCUGCACCACCGGCAACCUCGUGGACCGCCUCUUCGUCCCCGUGAGCCGCGUUCCAGCACUGCCAGACACACCCGCCGUCAACCGCAUCUACCGCUUGUCCGCCGCCGACGUCACGGCGCUUCAGGCCUCGGCGGGGUCCGGGCGCACCAAGCUGGAGGCGUUCACGGCGCACCUGUGGGGGCUCUACGCCAAGGCUGCAGCAGCCUUGCGGCGUCAGCCGCAUUCGUGCUGCAUGGGCGUGGUGGUGGACGGGCGCACUCGCCUCCGCCGUGACGGCGCCAUGAGCACCUACUUUGGCAACGUGCUGACCAUCCCCUACGGUGUCAUGGGCACCGGAGCCCUGAGUACCAUGGCGCUCGCCGACGUGGCGGACGACGUGCACCGGUGGGUGGCGGAGGCCGCGACCGGCGAGCACUUCCGCGAGCUCGUCGACUGGGUGGAGGCGCAGCGGCCGGAGCCCACGGUGGCGAGGGCGCACCUGUGCCGCGGCAACGGCGACGAGGACGCGAUGGCCUGCGUGGUGUCGUCGGGGAUGCAGCUCCCCGUCGGCGAGGUGGACUUCGGGUGGGGCCGGCCGGCGUUCGCGUCGUACCACUUCCCCUGGGCCGGCGGCGCCGGGUACGUGAUGCCGAUGCCGAGCGCGCGCGGGGACGGCGACUGGUUGGUGUACGUGCACGUGGCGCCGGAGGUGGCGAAGGUGAUGGAGAAGGAGUCCACCGUGUUCCAAGCCCUCGAGAACAGCUACGUGUUUGAGUACUAG